AUGGGCGGCAACUUCUUAGGUGUGAACAGUAGCCCCUUAAAUGGUAUUGGUGGCGCCUACGGAAAUGGAAUCGGUGGCCUCGGAAACGUAAACGGGGGCUUCGGAAGUGGCAUCUCGGACUUCCCAAGUGGUAAUACAGGCGUCGUAAGUGGUGCUGGCGGCAUGCCAAAUGGCAUUAACGACAUUGGAGGAGAAAACAGCGUUUUCGGAAGUGCCGGAAUGGGCCUCUCAAGUGGAAAUACGGGCUACGGGACCAGCGUUGUAGGUACUGCCGGUGGAAACGUGGGGUUCUCGCCCAGGGAUCUCGCAGUAGGUCUGGGUGGCAUCCCAAGUAGCAGCGGAGUUUUCGGACCUGGUAACGUUGCCCCAGGCAAUGCCAAAGGUCUUGCAUAG